AUGGGUGAGGCAAUACCGAAGGAAGUGAAGGAUCUGUGGGACAAAUGGAACAUACGUGGUCUGGUGAUUCUCAGUCUUGCUCUUCAGACAAUCCUGGUUCUUCUCUCACCAAACAGAAAACGAACUCACCGGCGUUUUUUCCGGUUGCUCAUUUGGUCGGCUUACCUUUUAGCCAACUGGGCAGCAGAGUACGCUGUAGGACAGAUCUCAGAUAAUCAAGGAAGCGAACCGCAACCCAAGAACACUGAUCUUUUAGCUUUCUGGGCAACCUUCCUUCUUUUACACCUCGGUGGUCCUGAUACUAUCACGGCUCUUGCUAUCGAGGACAAUGACCUCUGGCUCAGGAGCUUGUUCGCUCUUGUCUGCCAAGCUGUUGUCACUUUCUAUGUCUUUUUGCUCUCUAUACCAAACAAUAUUUUCGUACCCACAUCGCUCAUGCUCGUAGCCGGAAUCAUCAAGUAUGUUGAGAGGAUAAAAGCUCUACGUGGAGCGAGUCUUGAAACCUUCAAGGACUCAAUGCUAGAGGAUCCUGAUCCUGGUCCGGAUUACGCAAGGCUCAUGGAGGAGUAUCAAGUUAGGAAGAUGCUUAGAGAACCUACCCAGAUAGUUAGGAUCGAGGAGGUGGAGAAAGGUCAACGACCCAAGGUUUUAGUGAGGUCACCUAACAAGCUGACCGAUCUCGAGGCUGUCCAAUACGCCUACAGAUACUUUAAUAUCUUUAAAGGUCUUGUGGUUGAUCUCAUGUUUAGCUCUCAAUCUGAGGAGUUAAACAACAGCAAAGAAUUUUUCCAGCAAUUAGAACCAGAGGAAGCUUUGAGUGUUUUAGAGGUGGAGCUCAGCUUCGUCUAUGGUACCUUUUACACUAAAGUUAACAUUUUGCAUACCUGGAUUGGAAUAUCUUUUCGUUUCAUGGCCUUGGCCUCCCUUGUCUCAUCCCUCUGCAUCUUCGCAACGGCCAAGAAGUCUGAUUACAACAGAUUCGAUGUCGACCUUACAUACGUCUUGCUCAUAAGUGGAAUCGCGCUUGAUUUGGUUGCGAUUUUCAUCUUCUGUGUCUCUGAUUGGACAUUUGCCAGAUUCAAGAAGCCAAAGGAGGAUGACGACGGUAAGGGCUCCCUUGUCGGUGCAGUUUUCAACUGGAUCCUCAGUUUUAGGAAGUUGAAGUGGAAACCUUAUGAUUGUUCACACCGAGUAAAAGGCAGCAAAACCAAAUGUGAGGUUCUUGAUAGAAAGUUUAUAUUUCGCAGAUGGUCUGAAUACAUAUAUUCAUACAACCUGAUUGAGUACUCUCUUGGAAUAAGAUCUUCGAGCAUCCACAAUACUGACGGAUGGAUUCACAGAUUCUUUGAUGCUUUCAUUCAAUCUUUGUGUAUUGACAGUGUCGUCAUUUGUAUCAUCCGAGGAAUCAGCUUAUGUUUCAGGAACAUGAAACAUGAGAUCGAUCGUGCUCGCAGCUGGUUGUACGAGCUUAUCUUUCAAUCAUCCACGGACAACAGAAAAAUGUAUUGUGCACUUUACCCUAUGAAGCUUUUUCUGAGAUUCUGGUUUGGUAUCCCUGUUUUCUACUAUGUCUUGGACUUCUUCGGCAUCUCAGAUCAGCUCAACCGGGUGAUUUAUACAUCAAGUGAUCGCAUCACAAAACAGAUGUGGGAGUUCAUAUAUAAAGAGGUUAAGCGAAGAUCAGAAGCUGCUGAUCGUGCUGAGACUGCCAGUGAUAUAUAUUCUACAAGGGGUGAGUGGGUGCUCCAUGAUAUAUUAAAUGAGUCUCUCCGCAUGAAACUGCUCCGCUACGUGACUCAAGCUGACUAUGAUCAGAGCAUUCUUAUGUGGCAUAUCGCUACUGAGCUCUUAUACCAAACAGAGAAAGCAACGACAGCGAAUGAAUGUAACCGCGAGUACAGCAAGAUCCUUUCAGAUUACAUGAUGUACCUUUUAUUCGUGCAGCCUGCUAUGAUGUCAACAGUUGCAGGAAUCGAUAAGACAAGUUUCAUGGAAGCUAUAGCAGAAGUUAAGAAGUCUGGAGAAGCUAAAAAGUUCUUAGAGAGGAAGAACCGCGAGGAUAAAGCAUAGAUAAGGUGUGCAAUGAUAUUUUAUCUACUCUCGGGGAGUCAAGGGAACGUAAAGGUAGGCGAAAUCAACGCAGGAA